CGUUAGUUACCUGCGGUGGGGAGCUUGUGCUUUCCAUCCCUUGGAAUCCUUCGCUGUGAAGCUCCAGCCCCGUCCUGCUCCCUUGGGAUCAUGGAAACCAGGAGCAUCUUCCCAGAGCCUGGCACCCAGCAGCUCCCGGGCAGUGGCACUGGGAAUGCUCCUGAGGAUGAGGAUGGUGGUGAUGGGAAGGGGAGCAUCGAUGGCAAUGGCGUGAGCGGGAACCCCUAUGCGGGGCUGGUGGCCCUGCUGCGGGCAGCCUGGCUCUCGGGGAAGACGCGGCCCAUGGAGUACCGGGUGGCGCAGCUGGAGGCCCUGGGCCGCUUCCUGGAGGACAAGAAGCAGGAGAUCCUGGAGGCCACGGCCCUGGACGUGGGCAAGCCCCCCUUCGAAGCCGAACUGGCCGAGAUCCUCCUGUGCAAGAACGAGCUGCACGCGACCCUGAACAACCUGAGCCAGUGGAUGAAGGACGAGCCCGUGGAGAGGAACCUGGCCACGCGGCUGGACUCUGCCUUCAUCCGCAAGGAGCCCUAUGGCGUGGUGCUCAUCAUGGGGCCGUGGUGCUGCCCCGUCAGCUUCCUCCUGGGGCCUCUCAUUGGGGCCGUCGCUGCUGGUAACUGUGUUGUCCUCAAGCCCUCCGAGAUGACCAAGAAUGUUGAGAAACUCAUGGUUGAGGUGCUGCCCGGUUACCUGGAUAGAGACUGCUUUGCCGUGGUGACCGCUGGUGCUCAGGAGACCAGCAGGCUGCUGGAGAACAAGUUUGACUACAUCUUCUUCACUGGCAGCCCCUCCGUGGGGAGGGUGGUGAUGGCAGCCGCUGCCCAGCACCUCACCCCGGUGACGCUGGAGCUGGGGGGCAAGAACCCCUGUUACGUGUCGGAGCCGUGCGACGUGCGCAGCGUGGCCCGGCGGGUGGCCUGGGGCCGCUUCUUCAACGCGGGGCAGACCUGCGUGGCCCCCGACUACGUGCUCUGCACCCUGGAGCUGCAGGAGAAGCUGCUGCCCGCCCUGCGCGAGGCCAUCACCGAGUUCUAUGGCUCCAACCCUCGGGAAUCGCCCGACUUCGGGCGCAUCGUGGACGAGAAGGAAUUCCAGCGGCUGCGGGCGCUGCUGCGCAGCGGGAGGGUGGCCAUCGGCGGGCAGGCGGAGGAGGAGGAGCGGUACAUCGCUCCGACCGUCCUGGCGGACGUGCAGCCCUCGGAUCCCGUCAUGCAGGAGAUCAUCCUCGGCCCCAUCCUGCCCAUCGUCGGCGUGGCCGGUGUGGAUGAAGCCAUUGACUUCAUCAACAGCCGCGAGCGGCCGCUGGCCGUCUAUGUCUUCUCCUCUGAUGACAAGGUGGUGGCCCAGGUCCUGGAGCGCACGAGCAGCGGUGGCUUCUGCAGCAACGACACCCUCAUGCACAUGAUCCUGACCUCGCUGCCCUUCGGUGGCAUCGGCUGCAGCGGGCUGGGCAAGUACCACGGCAAGUUCACCUUCGACACCUUCAGCCACCAGCGCGGGUGCCUGCACCGCAACAUGGGCCUGGAGGCCCUCAACGCCCUGCGCUACCCCCCCUACAGCCAGCACAGGUUGGGCAUCGUCUGCGCUGCCUCCGGGGUGAAGCACAAGGGCUCCUGCACCCUGCUCUGAGCAUCCCCUAUCCAGUCUCCUCCCU